AUGGGGAGCGCCAGAAACGCCGCGGUCUUGUUGAUCAGCCUCUGGUCAAGAGCUGCAUCGCAAGAGCCCGAGCCGAGCCCCGUGCCGGAGCUCAGCGGAAGCACCUUUGAUGAGAUGGUGCGCGAUGGAACAGACCAGCCUUGGUUUGUGAAGUUCUACGCACCGUGGUGCGGGCACUGCAAGCGGUUGGUGCCACUUUGGGAGCAGCUGGCAGCCAAGCUUCAAGGUCAGGUUGCUCUCGCCAAAGUCGAUGCGACUGCGGAGGAGGGCCUCGCGUACAAAUAUGACGUCGCAGGCUAUCCGACGCUUGUCCUCAUCGUGGAUGGCGAGCGCUACAACUUCCGAGGGGCCAGGACGCUGGAGGCGCUGGAGGCGUUUGCCCUGGGAGGUUACAAGGAGGCGCCGCAGGAGCGCUACGAGAGCUCGGAGGUCUUCGGAGGGCCAAAUGUCCUGGGCCUGGGAGGAGACCUGGACGAGGCGGUCCGAUCCUCCGAGCUGCCACUGUUGGUUGUCUUCUACAUACGGGGUUGUGGGCACUGCAGGAGCAUGGAAUCUGCUUGGGGAGAGUUGGCCGUCGAACUCAAAGACCAAGUUCGUGUGGCGAGCCUGGAUGCAAUGGCAAACCGACCACUUGCAGAGCAUUGGGAUGUGGGCCGCUUCCCGACCAUAAAGCUGGUCAAAGGGGGUCGAGUCUACGACUUCGACGGCGACCGCACAGUAGAGGACCUCAAGACCUUCGCGCUUGGGGACUUUGGCUCCGACUCCUCUCCGCUUCCUUCGCGGUUGAAGGAUGUCAAGGGUGAGAAGACACCAGGCGAUCCGCAAGAUGCGGGCUAUGAACACCUGGUGGUCGGCUUUCUACUGGGCAUGGCUUGCGCGGGCUCCUUCUGGGCGCUCUGGUAUUGCUUCAGUUCGAGCAGCCGCGAGCCCGCUGACAAAGAAGUGAAGGCGGAUUAG